ACACACAAUGGCUCUGCAACCUCCUCCUCCACCUCCACUUCCACCUCCGGCGGUGGCACUCAUCAUUGCCGCCGGCGGCAUCUACACUCAUGCAUCUGUCGACUCCAACACCAACCCAAAGGCCAACGGCAGCAAGAUGAGUGUGGAAUCGCUGUUGUAUAUGGUGGCGACGAUCGCCGUUGCCGCACUGCUCCUCGUCGGCGUCAGAAGCGUAAUCCAUUGGUGCAUCAGCUAACUGAAGAAGAAGAAGCAGAGUGUCAGCAAGCAGCCGACAACGAUGGAGACGGCGACGGCCCCGCCGUCUGGGCCCCACUUCACCGGCCCCAUAUACACCGUCAACGUCUUCAACUACGGCGGCGUCGGCGGCUACAGUGACGUCGGCAGCUACGGCUACGGCGACGGCGACGGCAAUGGCGACGGCUACAGCUACAGUGACGGCGACGGCGACGGCGAGUGCCAGGCUCCCCAAGCGGCCUGGAAUUACUUUAUGAGCUCAUAAUUGCUGGAAAUAAACUCGCCAUGGUAUGUUCAUGGCGUGAGUGAGCCUGUGCGUGUGUGUGUGUGUGUGUCUGUGUUGUGUAGUGUGCGUUGUGUGCGUCUUGUUAGGUCGAUCGAGUCAUGAUCGCGAGUGCAGGGGUGCUGCAGAGCGCUCGGUCGGAGUUUGUUAGAGGAGUGGUGUGCGUGGCGCAUGGUUCGGGAAGGAAGCCGCGUCGUCUGGGCGAGCGUGUGGCUCACGGCGACAUCAAGCGGGUCCUGUGGAACGUGGCGUAAUGGCCGGCAUGGAGGCUAGCUCCUGGUGUGUCCCCGGACUAUAAGAAGCCUCUAUACUCCUUCAUUUGUUAUUUUGUUUGUGUUCAUGAGUGUGAGAGUGUUCCUAGGCUAAGCCAACAUUUGGUAUCAGAGCCUGGAGAUGAAGAUCGGAGAUGGCUCGACCUCCGAUGCCUCCGUGGAGCGCGUCGUGCCCAAUUCCAGCGUCAUGGAGCUGCUGCUGCUAACCAGGGCCAACUACCAUCAGUGGGCCUUGGUUAUGCGGGUGAGCUUGGAGGCGCUGGAGUUGUGGGACGCGGUGGAAGCGGUCACCAAGGAUAGGCGGGCGUUGGCCACCAUCUUGCACGCGGUACCACCGAAGAUGAAGGUCGGGCUCGCCGUGAAGACGUCGGCGAAGGAAGCGUGGGACUCGGUGAAGAAGAUGCGAGCCGGCGACGACCGCGUGAAGUCAGCGAGUGUGCAACGCUUCAUGAAGGAGUUUGAGAACAUGAUGUUCCGCGACGGGGAGACCGUCGGCGACUUUGCGAUGCGCAUCAACGGGCCCACCGCGAGCCUGCGUGACCUUGGGGAGGAGAUAGAAGACAGCCACGUGGUGAAGAAGGUCCUGCGCGUGGUCCCGAAGAGGUUGAAGCAAGUCACGGUGGCAAUUGAGAUGCUCGAGGACAUGGAUGAUAUGUCCGUUGAGGAGCUCGUCGGGCGGCUGCAAGUGGCGGUGGACGCCGACGUUGAAGAUCAAACGGAGGUCCAUGGCGGGCAGCUACUUCUCGCUGAGGAGCAGUGGGAGGCUAGCAGGCGUCAACGCGGCAGCAAGCAGCACACAGGCAGUGGGGUGCGCCAUGACAAUGGCAAGAAAGGCGACGACCAUGGUGGAGACUGCGAGGAUGACGAUGACGACGGCAGCAGCACGAGCUCAGGGCUGGAUCGACAGGAUCCCGUCGAAUGUGCUCCACUUGAUAGGAUCCCGUCGAAUGCGCUCCAUUCGAUUGCCUGGCUUGUCAAACUAAGCUAGUUCAACAGGUCCCUAUUUUUGCAAAUAAAUCCGGAUACCAACUUUUGUUUUUGUGACUUUUUAUUAAAAUAAUAAUAUUUCUAAGAAAAUGCCAGCGCACACCACGAGUGUGUUUGGGUCUACAUGCAUGUAGUAGAGUACGCGGACAUCUGAUGUUUGAUAAAAGAUGUCCCUCCUUUUUGUGGCUUUCUCUGUUUUUUUCACUGGAACAAAUAAGAUGUCCCUCCUUUUUUUAA